UGUAAUUUUCUCUAUGUACUUUCUCUUCUCAGCCUACCUGAAACCCCUUCUUCUGAUCCAGCUUCCAACUCAGGAAAGAUAAGUAGUCUAUUAUUAUUUUGAUUUCUUUGUCCAAUACCAUCUUUCAUCAGUAUUAAACCCUUCAUUUACACGUACAAGUUUCUCCAAAAAAAUCUGUUUUCUGAUAACUGAACUGCUUUGAUUGAAAUCUCUCCGGAUAGUUCAACAUGAAAUUACUAGGUUGGAUGCACUCUAAACUAAAGCAAAAAGGCAAUGAGCCAGCAAAUAAUACUCCCAUAGUAGAAAAUUCCAUUACAUCUUUCUCAGUUUACAAGGAAGUUAAAAGCAAUGGAGCAGAAAUGGAACCAUUUGAUGAACUCUUUCCUGGCUUUUUGGCAAUUGGUACUCUGGGAGAUUAUCAGACAACUAAUACUGAUCCUCCAACUCCAACUUUUCCUCUGCCCUUUGAUCAUAGUGAAACAGACAUAACGGAGAAAGAACUGAAAUUCAUAAAUGAUGAGCUUGAGAAGUAUCUUGAAGAGAAAGUGAAUAAAGUUGCUUAUGAGUCAUCAGAAAGCAUCAUUACCCUCAGUGACAAAAGAGCAGCCCGGUGUAGUAAGCUUCCGCAAUGCGAGGGGUCCGGGGAAGGGCCGAACCGCAAGGCUCUAUUGAACGCAGCCUUACCCUGCAUUACCCUAAGUGACAAUCACAUUGAAACAGGAGCUACUGAAUGUUAUAGCAAUAUGGAAGAAUAUCCUCUCCAGAAAUAUCUCUUAGGCUCUUCAAUUGAAUUGCUAGCAGAGGUACAACAACAAAAAGGAUUCAUAGAAGAGCUCUUUAAGCGGACGAACAUAGUCCAAGAAAGUCAUGUGGGAACUCAUGAUGGAAAAGAGAAGAAACAAGCCAAGAGAAAACAUGCAGUGGAUUUCAUGAAGAAGAUGUUGCAGAACCUGCACUACAAAUCAAAGAGCUCUACUACAGCUCAUUCUAAAGGAAAUGUCAAUGGAUCUGUUUCAAGCAAGAGAAAACUCCCUCAGGUCCUUAAAAUGUUCAAAAGGAAAGUUCAUCCUGAGGGAUUAAUGAAUGAGAACAUACUACAAGAUAAUGAGACAAGCAAUAUUUCAUGCAAAACUAAUAAUCUGAGAGCAAAUAGUGAAGUGAACAAAAAAAAUUCUCCUGCUGCCACUACAAAGAAGGAACUGAAUGCCUUAACAGUAAACAGAGAACACUGGAUUAAAACAGAUAGUGACUAUUUGGUGCUGGAGCUGUAAAUGGCAAAAUGUUCAAGAAAGAGUAUAUAAUCCAGAUACUCUGUGUACAUGUGCAACAAAAUAGUAUCCACUAGUGAGCUGUCAAGUGUGUGCAAUGUUAAUAUAAAGAGUAAAUGAGUAUUUCCUUCAUUCUAGGUGUGCUACUGAAGUAUGGAACAAAUGAACUUUAUUCAUUAAGUUUGGUGAA